AUGUCUUUCCCAAGUGAUAUUGAAAAGGCUUCACACGAUCAUGUCGAAGAAUUUGACCCAGUUGCAUUUAGUGAACUUGACCAAGAACAUCAUGAUUUUCUUAUGCAAAGACAUGGGUCAGUUCAAUUAGAUCCUUUGCCAUCAAGUGAUCCAUUGGAUCCUCUUAAUUGGCCAGAUUGGAAAAAGAACUUUGAAAUUUUAUUAAUUGCUUUUCAAACUUUUAGUUCUACUUUUAUGGCUGCUGGUUUAACUCCUGCUUUCGAGCCUAUGGCUGAAGCUUAUGGUGUUAUUGUUCCAACCGCUUCUUACUUUACUUCUGCUCAAAUUGCUGCUUUAGGGGUUAUGCCUCUUGUUUGGGUUCCAAUGAUGAAUGCUUACGGUAGAAAUGGUUUCUUAACUGUUUCAACUUUAAUCUGUGCUGGUUUAAAUAUUGCCGGUGGUUUCUGUACUACUUAUGGUCAACAAAUGGCUACUAGAGUUUUGGUUGCUGUUUUUAUUUCAACUGCUUCUGCCGCUGGUUCUUCUGUUGUCGCUGAUUUAGCUUUCAGUCAUGAAAGAGGAAAAAAGAAUGGUUGGUGGUCUGUUGCUCUUGUUGUCGGUACUCCAGCUGGUCCUUUCUUCUGUGGUUUUAUUCAACAACAUGCUGGUACUAAAUGGAUUUACUUUGUCUUUGCAUUUAUGAACUUUGCUCAAUUUAUCCUUUGGAUCUUUGCUGAUGAGACUGUAUAUUAUAGACAUGGUCCUCAACCAGAGCAAAAAGGUUUCCUUAGAUUCUUAGGUAUCAGAAAGAACCCAGACGCUAAAUUAAGUCUUUCUGUUUUCUUUAGACCAUUCAGAUUAGCCACUAACUUUAACGUUGUCAUGGCCGUUAUUGCUGCUUCAGUUACCUUCUGUUAUGCUAACAUUGUUCUUGUUGUUGAAUUACCGCAAGCUAUGGGUGCUUUAUUCAAUUUAGAUGCUCAACAAAUCAGUUAUCAAUAUAUUUCCCUUAUUAUUGGUUCAUUAAUUGGUGAAGUUUUAGCAGGUCCUCUUUCUGAUUACUGUAUGAAGAGAUGUAUCGCUAAGAGAGGUGGUAAGAGAGUUAUUGUGGACAGAUUAUGGAUUUCAUACAAUGGUUUCCUCUGUGUCAUUGUUGGUUUAAUUGUUUGGGGUGUUUACUUAUACAAGGCAGUUCCAGGUCACUGGAAAAUUAGUCCAUUAAUCGGUGGUGCUGUUGCUUCUGCUGGUAACAAUAUUGUUGCCACUGUUCUUGUUACAUUUGCUAUUGAUAGUGCUCCAGAAUUAGCUCCAGAUGUUGGUUUAUUCUUAAAUGUUGCAAGACAAACUUUUGGAUUCUUAGGUCCAUUCUAUUUCCCAGCUAUGUUCACCAAUCUUAACUUUGCUGGGUCUGCCGGAUUGAUGUCUGCUUUAGUUUUAGUAUUUGGAGCAGGUAUCAUAGCUUUUACUCACUUUAUUGGUGCUAGAAAAGCCUAG